ACUAAGAAAGUAAGCAAAAUGAUUAUUGAUUCUUGCUAUGAAGGUGUUCUUACAAAACUAACAGCACAGGGUAAAAUCAAGGAAAUCUCAGAUCAUUUGCUUUCAUUGGAUACAAAUGAUAAAAGGGUCCUCUUCGUGUAUAAGAUUUUGAAGGGUUUAAAUGCCUUUCCCAAAGUGCAAGAAGCUAAGAAAAAUGAUGACCUUUCUGUCAACUACCGUAACCAAGGUAACACAUUCUUUCAACAAUACAAAUAUCAUAAAGCCUGGCAAUAUUAUAAUUUAUCACUUCUAUAUGCUACUCUGUGCUCCGAAAACUAUUGCUUAGCAUUGUCCAAUCGGUCAGCAGUAUUCUAUGAAUUGGGAAAAUAUGCUGAAUGCUUGCAAGAUGUUGACAAGGUGUUGUCUUUGGAAUACCCAAAGAAAUUACUUGAGAAACUUACAAAAAGGAAAGAAAUGUGUAAGGAGGUCUUAAAGAAAAAGGACACUAAGGUUGAAUCACUUGAAUUAAGUGAAAUAUUGGAAAUGGAAUGUGAAAAAGAUUCCAGGUAUGUUGCUGCAAGCAAUAAAUUGGAAGUGCUAUACACGGAUGAGAUGGGAAGGCAUGUAGUUGCUAAAAGGGAUAUAAAAGUCGGCGAAAUCCUGGCUCAGGAAGAUCCUUACUUGAGUGUGUUAUUAAAAUCUCAGAUUCUCUGUUCCUGCAGUUAUUGCCUCUCCCGUAGUUUGAAUCUCUUACCUUGUGAUAGUUGCUGCAUGGCUCUUUAUUGCAGCAAUGAAUGUAAAGAAAAAGCUUGGAGAGAAUAUCACUCGGUUGAAUGCCCAUUAAUGGUCACAUUAGUCGAGAUGGACUUUACAAAACUAGAAUUGCUUGCCCUGAGAACAGUAAUCAAAGCCCGUACCGAUCACAAUAGUUGGAAUGAUCUGUUCAAAACUAUAGAAGAUACAGAUGCAAAUUACAACUCUGAGUUCCGAGGACAUGUCAAAAUUGAUGAUAAAUGGAUUUUUGAUUCUAAAUAUUAUCCGUCUAUUCAUACAUUGGAAACAAAUUUAGAAAAGAGAUCUGUGUCUGAUAUAUUUCAGAAAGCUGUGACAGCUGUAGUGUUUCUUAGGUUUUUGGAAACUAACACUCAGUUUUUGAAUGGUGAUGAGGACAAGGAAAAGAUAAGAACUACUGUAGCCGGACUCUUGCUCUUACAUUUGAUGACAAGUCCUACAAAUAUGCAUGGAAUUAGUACACCCAAUGCAGACAGUCAAAAUUCCAAAUUCCUUGAUGAAGUUAGUCUUGCAGGUGCGGCGUAUGCGUUUAUCAGUCUUCUCAACCACUCCUGUGCUCCAAACGUCGUCAGGUUCAGUAAGCUGGGGUCUUCAAGAAUGACCCUAUAUGCUAUAAGACCCAUAAAGAAAGGAAUGCAAAUCUUUGAUAAUUAUGGUUCACAUCACGCAUUGGAAGAUCGCAUGACGCGGCAAGCCUCCCUCAAGUUUCAAUACAAGUUCAUUUGUAUGUGUGAAGCCUGCAGAAACAAUUGGCCGACAUAUUUUUCACUGUCCGCUCAGCGUUUCUCAAUGGUCCCUCCGAAUUUGACUAAGUCUAAAAACAAACUUUUAUCCGAGCACACAAUAGAAAGCCUUCAACGUGGGGACCUAAAGACCGCAAGAAAUAUAUACAAACGUCUGUGCAUUUUGAGCGAGACGUUGGAGCCAUAUGCGCCUUGUGUAGAGCUCUGCGACUGUCAGGAAUCUCUCAAACAAUGCUUGGCCAUAUUUGGGGGCUUGUCUCUCUAUGGAACCACUCAACUUAUUGACUGGAAACAAAUGCUUCCCAUUGCUGGGACCUCUGAAAAUAUGACUCGUGUUGUUAAAAAUAAAUUUAAGGACUGGUAUUUACACUGAAAAGGAUUUGGAAGGGUUGAAGACUAUUUCUUUACAAACCAUCAUAUUCCCAUGCGGGUAUUGUGAAGAACAAUGAGAAGUCACAUAAUUGAGGUCUAAGAAUCAAAAAUCUGGAAACGUCUUGAACGCAAGAAAUCCACUCGGUCCAGUAUCAGAAAAAGGGUAAAGAUUUUCGGGUGUAUGUAUGUUUGUAAAAUUUAGAAGGUAUGCUGUUUCACCACACUUCUAACAUACACCUGUAAAACUUUUGCCUUAAAUGGUACACCUGUAAGUGAUUAAGGUCAAGAGAUUUAUUAGAUAAGUAACAGUAUUUUUGUAUCAUUUAUAUUUUUAAAAAACAAUGACUGUUAUCAGCCGAGACUGAAUUUAUUAUUAUAAAUUCUCACGAUUAAAAUCAAGAGAUAUAUUAGGUAACAGUCUUU